AUGGAACAAUUACAGAACCUUGAUGAUGAGCCGCCGACUAUUAAACUGGGUGACGCUUCUGUUGCGGCGCCGUUUACUUCAAAACUCGCAAAUGUUGUAGCAAUCAGUAAUAUUGUUAGACAAGGACGCUGCACACUCGUUGCUACUAUUCAAAUGUACAAGAUUCUGGCAUUAAAUUGUCUGAUUUCCGCUUACAGUCUGAGUGUUCUUUAUUUGGAGGGCUUUAAAUAUGGUGAUCUACAAGUUACGAUAUCAGGAAUACUACUAGCUGUUUGUUUCCUAUGCAUCUCAAAAGCAAAGCCGAUUGAAAAAUUAUCCAAAGAACGACCGCAAGCAAAUAUAUUCAAUUUCUACAUAAUAUUAUCGAUUCUUGGUCAAUUUGCUAUUCACAUCGCAUCCCUUGUGUACAUUCUCGACUUGGUCUAUAAACAUGAACCACGAAAGGAAGUUGAUUUGGAAGGCGAAUUUGAGCCUAGCCUGCUGAACACAGCCGUAUAUUUGAUAUCGUUAUCAAUGCAAGUCGCUACGUUUGCUAUAAAUUAUCAGGGCCAUCCAUUCAGAGAAAGUCUUCAAGAAAAUAAAACACUAUAUUAUGGUUUGUUGAGUGUUGGCGGAAUCGCUCUCUCCGGUGCCACUGAAUUUGUACCAGAAGUCAACUCUGCGCUACAACUGGUUCCAAUGACAACAGAGUUUCAAAUGAAACUCACGGCCACGAUCUUGGGAGAUUUCUUCGCAUCAUACUUGGUUGAAAUAUGGAAAAUUGUGAUGAUUGAAUCAAUUAUUAUUUUAGUGGUCGCCUCUUCGAAAUAA